AAGUUGAGCAUCGUUAAAUGUAAUUAAAAACUGCUAAAGUGCAGGCUCAAGCCCUUACUCAAAAAAGAAGCACUUCUGGUUUGUAAAAGACAUACUGUAUCUAUGUUGCAAAAAUUGGGGGUUGGGAAGGCAUGCCCCUUUUAUAACAUUACAUUUUAUUAAGCAGGGACACUACAUCAUCAUGUCAAAAUGUUAUCCUUUAAUUUCAUUGUCAUUUUCAUUAGAAAUUCUAACUAGGCUCUGGUGGUGUUCAAGAAGAAGGAACAUUGCAUUUGUAAAUACCAUGCACUAAGAUGCAAAGGACAGUAUUUUUCUGAUAUGCAGAGUUUGACACAUGAAAACAAAUGUCUUCAGUAAACUGGCAUUUGUCAAAUUUAACACCCAAAAAAGAAAAAAAAACUGUUAAAAUAGGUUAUUGGGUAGAAUCCUAAAGCAUGAGUCUAGGAGCAUUAGAAUGCACAGUGCUGGUAGCAGUGUGCUCCCUACUGCAAGUUUCCUGGGAGUGUUUCUUUUUGAACUGACACAGCAAAGUCUCCAGUUCUGAAACAGAUGUUCUUCCAGCAGCUCUGAAGUAACCUUACUUGCUGGAUACAAUGUCAUAUCAAGGGGUUAGUGGUCCACCUCAGCGUUCUAAGAGGACUCACUGCUAAUGAAAUCAAAUGCUUAGAGAAGCAUGAGAUGCAGGGCUUUAGCUAGUAUUUUGCCUCAACUAGGGUGGUCAGUUAAUUUCCACAGUACAGCACAAGGUUGCUUUUCACCUUUGCAACUUUUUUCAAAACAAAAUAUUGGUAAAAUCCUCUAAUUUCCCUCUAAUCACGAACUGGCUUGAAGACUGGAAUGAUUUGUUUGUUUGAAGAAUGUUGACGUUAGAGUGGGAGUCGGAGGGACUGCAAACAGUGGGUAUUGUUGUGAUUAUAUUUGCGUCUCUGAAGCUGCUUCAUUUGCUGGGACUGAUUGAUUUUUCAGAAGACAGCGUAGAAGAUGAAAUGGAAAUAGCCACUGUGCGGCAUCGGCCUGAAGCUCUUGAACUGCUGGAAGCACAGAGCAAAUUCACAAAGAAGGAACUUCAGAUCCUGUAUAGAGGAUUCAAGAAUGAGUGUCCCAGUGGGAUUGUUAAUGAAGAGACCUUCAAAGAGAUUUAUUCUCAGUUCUUUCCACAGGGAGAUUCUACAACCUAUGCACAUUUUCUCUUUAAUGCAUUCGACACUGACCACAAUGGAUCUGUGAGUUUUGAGGAUUUCAUUAUGGGUCUCUCAAUUUUACUCCGAGGGACAGUACAAGAAAAACUCAACUGGGCUUUUAAUUUGUAUGAUAUAAAUAAGGAUGGAUACAUAACUAAAGAGGAAAUGCUUGAUAUUAUGAAAGCUAUAUAUGAUAUGAUGGGAAAAUGCACUUAUCCUGUUCUCAAAGAGGAUGCCCCUAGACAACAUGUGGAAACAUUUUUCCAGAAAAUGGACAAGAAUAAAGAUGGGGUAGUUACCAUAGAUGAAUUCAUUGAAAGCUGCCAAAAAGAUGAAAACAUAAUGCGUUCCAUGCAGCUCUUUGAAAAUGUGAUUUAACAAUGUGGUUUAGUCUGCAAUUAAUGGACAAAUGUGAACUAUUCUGCAACAUUACUUAAAGCUGGAUUUGCCACAUUUACCAUAUGUAGGAUUGCUCAGCUUUACACUGAGACAUGUAUUAUGCAAAUAAGUUUUGUUUUAUUAAAAGACCCUCCUCCCAAAAAUGAUUUCCAAAAGGUUAGGAUGUAAUAAUUUGUCCUUUAUCGAAUGGGAUAUGCUAAAAAUAUUAGGUUUUACCCCACAACUCCCAAAAACAGCAUAGCAUCUGCCAUUAUACAGCUUUAUUACCAUUCCAACCCCUAGAUAAAAGAGGCUUUAACACAAGGAGAUCAAAAAUAGCUGUUUUUGAUACUUGUUUGUAUUGGAUUCAGCCCCCGGAUUUUAAGUGUCUUAAAAAUCCUUAAAAAGUGUCUUAGCCUCUGUUUUACAGAGAAAUCAUCCUGCAUUUCCUUUUCACAUUUGUAUGGUGUAAUGCUCAUUUUUACAUAAUACUUUGAGUAAAUAUUGCUACAGUUGAUGAGCAAUACAUAUCUCCUACAACAACAUCCAAUUUUAUUUGGCUUUCUUUCCUCUUUGAUUGAAGCCCAGCUAAUUUACAUAAGAGGAAGAAAUCUUUUUUAUAAUAAAAAUUUUUAUGAUUCAGAUAGACAUGUACAACUGGUAGGUAUUAAACAGAUCAUCCUUACCUAAUAAAUCUGCAUUUAUGAAUUUUUCAUGAAAUGAGUACCUGAAGUCUUAUAUAUUGUAUGUGUAAUUCUGGUUGGACUGUCAGCAAAGUUUUCUGCUCAAAAUUAAGGAUCUGAAAAGGUUUUGAUUUCAAAUUUCUUUGUGAAGAAAAUCUAGUUUUACCAUUAUUUCCAGAAGUACGUGUCUUACCGGUUUUAA